GAGGAAUACUGGCACCGCAUCCCUCUGGGCCUUGGAAGUUCAUCUCUGACCCAGGGCAUUCCGAGUUUUCUUUUGAUGACACCCAUGGUAGAAGUGCAUUUGCCAACAGAAAAGUCUGAUUGGGAUCCAAAAUGAAUCUCAUUGAACAUUCCCACUUAUCUGCCACAGAUGAAUUUUCUCUUUCUGACAAUUUAUUUGGUGUGCUAACAGAACAAGCUGCGGCAGCUCUGGGACAGCCCCUGGACUUGGUGGAACCCUACUCCCAGUACAACAAUGUUCCGUUUCCCCAAGUUCAGCCGCAGAUUUCGCCAUCCUCCUACUAUUCCAACCUGGGUUUUUACCCACAGCAGCCGGAAGAGUGGUACUCCCCAGGAAUCUAUGAACUCAGGCGCAUGCCCCCCGAGACGCUCUACCCCGGAGAGACUGAGCUAGCAGAGAUCCCCGUCACAAAGAAGGCCCGGAUGGGGACCUCGGCGGGGAGAAUCAAAGGGGAUGAGCUGUGUGUCGUUUGUGGAGACAGAGCAUCUGGAUACCAUUAUAACGCUCUGACCUGUGAGGGGUGCAAAGGUUUCUUCAGGCGAAGCAUUACCAAAAACGCUGUAUACAAGUGCAAAAACGGGGGAAACUGUGUGAUGGACAUGUAUAUGCGAAGAAAAUGCCAAGAGUGUCGACUAAGGAAAUGCAAAGAGAUGGGAAUGUUGGCUGAAUGUAUGUAUACAGGCUUGUUAACUGAAAUUCAGUGUAAAUCUAAGCGAUUGAGAAAAAAUGUCAAGCAGUACGCAGAUCAGAGCAUUAAUGAAGACAGUGAAGGACGUGACUUGCGGCAAGUGACCUCGACGACUAAGUCAUGCAGGGAGAAAACUGAACUCACCCCAGAUCAACAGAAUCUUUUACAUUAUAUUAUGGAUUCAUAUAGCAAACAGAGGAUGCCUCAGGAAAUAACUAAUAAAAUUUUAAAAGAAGAAUUCAGUGCAGAAGAAAAUUUUCUCAUUUUAACAGAAAUGGCUACCAGUCAUGUCCAGAUUCUUGUAGAAUUCACAAAAAAAUUGCCAGGCUUUCAGACUUUGGACCACGAAGAUCAGAUCGCUUUGUUGAAGGGGUCAGCAGUUGAAGCUAUGUUCCUCCGUUCAGCUGAGAUUUUCAAUAAGAAACUUCCAGCAGGACAUGCUGAUCUGUUGGAAGAAAGAAUUCGAAAGAGUGGUAUCUCUGAUGAAUAUAUAACACCUAUGUUUAGUUUUUAUAAAAGUGUUGGAGAAUUAAAAAUGACUCAAGAAGAAUAUGCUCUGCUUACAGCAAUUGUUAUCCUCUCUCCAGACCGACAAUACAUAAAAGACAGAGAAGCUGUAGAGAAACUUCAGGAACCCCUGCUUGAUGUACUACAGAAGCUGUGUAAAAUUUAUCAGCCUGAAAACCCUCAACACUUUGCCUGUCUCCUGGGUCGCCUCACUGAGCUUCGGACAUUCAAUCAUCACCACGCAGAGAUGUUGAUGUCCUGGAGAGUGAAUGACCACAAAUUCACCCCGCUCCUCUGUGAAAUCUGGGAUGUACAGUGACGGACAUCACGGGGAGCCAGCCAACUCAACUCUUUUCCUCCAAAUUACCUGUUGGUCAUAUAACUUUGCUUUAUUUCAUUUGUACCUGGUUUCAAGUCAGAAUUCCGAUGAAUAUUUAUGUAGUGGUGAUAUGAGUGCCACAAUGUAAAGGUGGAUUUGUUUCUGUAGAAUUAUUUUCUCUAAUUUUGCGAGGCUACAGGGACCCUUUCAUUCUAAUUUGCACCCCCCCUGUUUCGCCUAUUUAAAUUGUUACUGCCAUACUGUCUGUUGAAAACAGGUAAAGUUUUGCUCUUCAUCUUA